AUGGGUUGGUUUGUAGACUUUGUGCCAGUUUCGGCUGGAACCUGGGAUCUAGGUAACCGCGUCCUCGGUCGGGGAACCGCACUUCUGACUUCGACAUCAGGUGGCGGAGAUUCUCGACUAGACUGGGUUGUGAGUCUUUUUGUCCCCGUCGUCGUCCUGCUACGCGAUCGCGUUCUCGUUCCCAAAGAUGAACUGAAUCAGGAAUCUGAUCCGAUUUCGUUGGAAGUUUACGCGUUCUCCUCACAGUGCUAUAGGGCAGAGCUGGGGCACGUUGCUGCACCUUUGCACGAACGUCUCCACUCGGCCGGACACGUCUAUGGCUCUGUCUUCUUCUUCGUAACCCUUGGUUUCGUCGUGCUCUUUGUGGAUGAAUCAACACUAAUAUCACCCCUGACGGGCUUUUUCGGCAGUUUCUCUACGUUGGUAUUUUCGAGGGUAUCGGUCAGGCCGUUUCCGCUGCUGGCACUGCUACUGCUGCUACUAACGCUUCUUGAGAGCCAUCUCCGACGUUGUGGACCAAAGGCGCCAGAAGUGGUCCUUGGCAGGGUGCUACGUGAAUUGCAUUCGCUCUUCUCGACUGGUGGUUCUGACGGUUGA